CGCCUUCCCCGCCCCUCAGCCGGCGGGGGCGCGGAUCCGGCCUGCGCGGGGCCGGCGGAGAGAGGGAGCGCGGCAGGGCGAGGGGAGGAGAGACGAGAGGAGGAGGCGGCGGCAGCGAGCUGGCCAUGGCAGCAGCCCGCGGGUGGAGAGGCAGCCGCCGCGGGCGGCCGCUGUGAUUGGCACCCCGAGGAGGAGGAAGGCGCGGAGCAGCCGCGGGGCCCGCCAUCCCGCGGCGGCAGCGGCGGUGCCCGGGAGGAUGCCGGGGAAGCGGGGCUCGGCGGACGGUGGAGGCGGCGAGCUCCCGGGGGCCGGUGCGCCGCGGCAGCGGAGGCGGCGGAGAAAGGUCUCCUGCUUCUCCAGCAUCCAGCUCUUUCUGGUGUCCGAGUGCGCGCUGAUGCUGGCCCAGGGCACGGUGGGAGCCUACCUGGUGAGCGUUUUAACCACCUUGGAACGGCGAUUCAACCUUCAGAGUGCUGACGUGGGCGUCAUUGCCAGCAGCUUCGAGAUUGGCAACCUGGCCCUCAUCCUCUUUGUGAGCUACUUUGGAGCCCGAGGACACCGGCCACGCUUGAUAGGAUGUGGAGGGAUAGUCAUGGCCUUGGGUGCCCUCCUUUCUGCAUUGCCUGAAUUUCUGACCCACCAGUACGAAUAUGAAUCAGGAGAAAUACGCUGGGGGGCUGAAGGGAGGGAUGUAUGUGCUGCCAACGGGUCCACCAGUGACGAGGGACCAGAUCCGGACCUUAUCUGCAGGAAUAGGACUGCUACCAACAUGAUGUACUUGCUGCUCAUCGGAGCACAGGUCCUCCUGGGCAUUGGUGCUACCCCUGUCCAGCCCCUGGGAGUUUCUUACAUUGAUGACCACGUAAGGCGGAAAGAUUCCUCCCUGUACAUAGGGAUCCUGUUUACGAUGCUGGUAUUUGGACCAGCCUGUGGAUUUAUCUUGGGCUCCUUCUGUACCAAAAUCUAUGUGGAUGCUGUCUUCAUUGACACAAGUAAGCUGGACAUCACCCCGGACGACCCUCGGUGGAUCGGUGCGUGGUGGGGAGGUUUCCUGCUAUGCGGUGCCUUACUGUUCUUCUCGUCGCUGCCCAUGUUCGGGUUCCCGCAGUCGCUGCCACCGCGGGCGGAGCAGGCCGGGGAGAGCGAGCAGGCCAUGCUUCCCGAGAGGGACUACGAGAGGGCCAAGCCCAGCAACGGCGUCCUGCGGCACGCGCUGGACGGGGACAGCGCCACCACCACCUGCUUCCAGCAGCUGCGAGUGAUCCCCAAAGUAACUAAGCACUUGCUGUCCAAUCCUGUCUUCACCUGUAUCAUCCUGGCAGCCUGCAUGGAGAUCGCAGUGGUGGCUGGCUUUGCUGCCUUCCUGGGGAAGUACCUGGAGCAACAGUUCAACCUCACCACCUCAUCUGCCAACCAGCUCCUGGGGAUGACAGCGAUCCCAUGUGCGUGCCUGGGCAUAUUCCUGGGUGGCCUCUUGGUGAAGAAGCUCAGCCUGUCUGCUCUGGGAGCCAUCAGAAUGGCCAUGUUGGUGAACCUGGUGUCAACAGCUUGCUACGUGUCUUUCCUGUUCCUGGGAUGUGACACAGGACCUGUGGCAGGAGUUACUGUUCCCUAUGGAAACAACUCAACUCCAACUUCAUCUCUGGACCCAUAUUCCCCCUGCAAUAACAACUGUGAAUGCCAAACUGAUUCCUUCACUCCAGUCUGUGGGGCAGAUGGGGUCACAUACUUAUCUGCCUGCUUUGCUGGCUGCAGCAGCACGAACCUCAGUGGUUGUUCGUGCCUCACCUCGGUCCCUGCCGAAAACGCCACCGUCGUUCCCGGCAAGUGCCCCAGCCCCGGCUGCGAAGAGGCCUUCCUGACAUUCCUGUGCGUGAUGUGUGUCUGCAGCAUGAUCGGGGCCAUGGCGCAGACGCCGUCCGUCAUCAUCCUCAUCAGAACCGUGAGCCCCGAACUCAAGUCUUAUGCUUUGGGGGUGCUUUUCCUGCUUCUCCGUUUGCUAGGUUUUAUCCCACCUCCACUGAUCUUUGGGGCUGGAAUCGACUCCACGUGUCUGUUUUGGAGCACGUUCUGUGGCGAGCAAGGAGCCUGCGCGCUGUACGACAACGUGGUCUAUAGAUACCUGUAUGUUAGCAUUGCUAUAGCCCUCAAGUCUUUCGCGUUCAUCUUAUACACAACCACCUGGCAGUGCUUGAGGAAAAACUAUAAGAGGUACAUCAAGAACCACGAAGGUGGUCUCAGCACUAGUGAGUUUUUUGCCUCUACUCUCACCCUAGACAAUCUGGGGCGGGACUCGGUGCCCCCAAAUCAGCCACAUAGGACAAAAUUUAUCUAUAACCUUGAGGAUCAUGAGUGGUGUGAAAAUAUGGAGUCUGUUUUAUAGUGACUGUGGAGGGGUGAACUGUGUUAAUAAUACAAGGGUCCUUUUUAAUCAAACCAAGAAGAGAGCGCGAAGGAGGAAACGUAACUGCAAAGCAUCAGCGGCAACACAGGAAACUUUUGUCUUUUUCUCAAAGUCAGACCCAGCCAGGAUUCUUCAGAAGAGCAUCCUUCAGUGGGAUCACUCCUGACAGCCUUUGGGGUGAUGGAGGAAGCAGGGAGCAGCUGUGGCUGGGUACCAGCCCCUUUGAUGACAGUACGAGCUUCCAAGAAGGGCAUCUGCUUGCAUCUACGAGCUUCCAAGAGGUUCACCGGAGAGCUCAGCGGACAGACAGGCUUGGGCACGAGGCGUAGAGCAAGCAAGGUGAUGAGAGCAGUGCUGGGGCAGGCGUUUGUGGCUCCCACAGGGCCCCAGGGUAACGUGGGGCCCGGCAGCGUGGGCUGGGUUAGCGGGGCCGCAUGCUGGUCAAACCCACCACGCUCUGUGACGGCAAAGAGGGAGCGGUGCUGGAGCUGUUCCACCACUCACACUCUGUCACCAGCCACCAGUCCACCACAAAUACCUUGAAAGCUGCUGGAAGCCUUCCAGGUGGCGAGCAGCGCUGUCAGAGGUACCCAGCUCCUUGCAGCCCAGGCUUAUUCGCAGAUUGCAGCUUUGUGGUUGCCUGUGAAUAGCUGUGCUCGCAUCUCUCAAACCCAGUAAAGUUCAAGACAUUAGCUCACACUUGCCAAACGUGCUGUCAAUUUGAAAGGGGGAUGAAUUCCAAAUACUUGUCUGUGUAAUCCUCUAAUAAGAUUUUUUUUUUUUCCUUUUUAACAACUUAUUCUCUAGUCUAUGUUAACCCUUAAACCGCUGACACUUUCCCAUAGGGAGGAUUUCUUUCUGCUAGUUUGGGGAAGGAUCCUGUUUAAUUCACCCAAAACAUAACGUGACUCAAGGGGUUUGUUUAAUCCUCUGCGUUUUCUAUCCAUACGCCUUCAUUCUAAUAAUGCUACCAAGCCAAUGAAGACACCUACUAUGUUUUUAAAACAGAGAACAAAUGCACUGUGUCUCUAUACAAACAAUUGUCAGUUGGAGAAUUAUAGAUACUAUGAUGAUUUACAUGAUAUAGUUUUUUUUCAUAUGCUGUGUGACUCAGUGAAUACAUAUAUAUAUAUAUAUAUGGGGAGGCUGUUUAUCUUCUCUCCAGUUUUUAAAGAUACCUAUAUAUAUAUAAUUUGCAAUCUAGAAAUUGUGUGGUGGAUGUUUUCUUUAAAGUGUGUGUGUGUGUGUAUGUGUGUGUGUGUACAAGAUGAAAGGAAUACUGACCUUAAUCCUGCAGCCCUCACA